CGCAGUAAGCCAGACCAACUUCCAGGGCUCCCGCGCACUACAGAUCCCAGAAGGCAAUGCGCCAGAGGCGGGCUGUUGCCUUACCUGCCGCGAGCUUAAUAGCUCCGGUUACUACCGCGCUCCUCCCUCGCCGCUCAUUCCCGCCAGUCUCUUCCCCACAGCCACAGACUUUCUAGUUUUCUGCGUACUAGCCUUCUACCUCUCUCCGAAUUAUGAUUGACUUUCCCACCCGAGGUGGGCAGUAGCAGGGAAGGAAAAAAAAAAAAGCCCCAGAGGCCAAAGCCAGGCAACCUGACCACACUUCCGCUUCUAGCGCUCUGGAAGGCAGCGCGCACGCGCCCCCGGCGACUCCGGCGCGCUUGACUUCCGCUCCCACUGUACUCUGCGAGCCGAAUCAUGGAUCACACUGAUAAUGAAUUACAAGGCACUAAUAGUUCUGGAUCACUGGGUGGUCUUGAUGUUCGAAGACGAAUUCCCAUAAAGCUUAUCUCCAAACAAGGGAAUAAGGCCAAAGCUGUGCCCCGAACUCCAAGAACUAUAAACAGGAUGCCUGCAAAGGUGCCACCUGGUGACGAAGGAUUUGAUUAUAAUGAAGAAGAACGGUAUGACUGUAAAGGGAGUGAACUGUUUGGAAACCAACGAAGAUUUUCUGGACAACUUUUUUGGGACUUUCAGAUAAACAUCUUAGGUGAAAAGGAUGAUACACCAGUUCAUUUUUGUGACAAAUGUGGAUUGCCUAUUAAAAUCUAUGGACGUAUGAUUCCAUGCAAGCAUGUGUUUUGCUAUGAUUGUGCUAUUUUACAUGAAAAAAAGGGAGAUAAAAUGUGUCCAGGCUGUAGCGAUCCUGUGCAGCGAAUUGAACAAUGUACACGAGGUUCUCUCUUCAUGUGUAGCAUUGUGCAAGGGUGCAAGAGAACAUACUUGUCACAGAGAGAUUUACAGGCUCAUAUCAACCAUCGACAUAUGAGAGCCGGAAAACCUGUUACCCGUGCUUCACUUGAAAAUGUUCAUCCUCCUAUUGCCCCACCACCGACUGAAAUCCCUGAUCGUUUUAUAAUGCCACCAGACAAGCACCAUAUGAGCCAUAUUCCGCCAAAGCAGCACAUCAUGAUGCCACCGCCGCCUCUGCAGCAUGUGCCACAUGAGCACUAUAGUCAGCCACAUGAAGAUAUUCGUGCUCCUCCAGCAGAAUUGUCCAUGGCUCCACCUCCACCUCGGUCAGUCAGUCAGGAAACCUUUCGUAUUUCAACAAGGAAACACAGCAAUUUAAUAACUGUCCCUAUUCAGGAUGACUCAAAUUCAGGUGCCAGAGAACCACCACCUCCUGCCCCAGCACCUGCUCAUCAUCAUCCUGAAUAUCAGGGUCAACCAGUGGUAUCACACCCUCAUCAUAUUUUGCCUCCACAGCAACAUUAUGCACCACCCCCACCUCCUCCACCACCAAUAAGCCAUCCAAUGCCACAUCCUCCCCAGGCUGCAGGUACUCCUCACUUGGUCUAUAGCCAAGCUCCACCUCCACCAAUGACCUCUGCUCCACCCCCAAUAACCCCUCCCCCUGGACAUAUUAUUGCCCAGAUGCCACCUUAUAUGAAUCAUCCUCCUCCAGGACCUCCCCCACCUCAACAUGGUGGCCCACCUGUAACUGCACCCCCCCCUCACCAUUAUAAUCCUAACUCUUUACCCCAGUUCACUGAAGAUCAAGGAACUUUGAGUCCUCCAUUUACACAGCCAGGGGGAAUGAGCCCUGGUAUAUGGCCUGCACCGAGAGGGCCACCUCCUCCUCCACGAAUGCAGGGUCCACCUUCUCAAACCCCACUUCCUGGACCACAUCAUCCCGAUCAGACAAGAUACAGACCAUAUUACCAGUGAUGACCAUAGUAUUUUGAACUGAAGAUACGAUAAGGGGGGAAAAAAACUUAAUGUGUAGUCAGUCUUUUAAUUAAGCUUUGUUUGGGGGGAAGGAAGAGCACUUGCUAAGGUGACUGUAAAACACUUAGGGUCUUGUUAAAUUGGUUUUAAAUCUUGACCGUAUAAUUGAUUUCAAGUACUAUAGUUCCGAUAAGUGGUUCAGUUGAGCACAGCUAUAUUUUAACAACUUUAUUCUUCUAGUGUAAUAAAUUGACCCAGGGGUGACCAUUUGUUUAAAAAAAAAUUUUUUUUUUGAAGUCAACUUUCAUUGUUCUACUUUCCAAAGUGUCACUUUUGUUAAGCCCAAUGUUUAGUUUUUCUUGUGAUACAUUUGUUAUCCUGUGUAAAAGAAUUCAGUGAGUGUAAAUGCUAUUUUUAUGUGAACUUAAGUGCAGCCACAUACUGUUUUUUAAAACCAUAUGUUUUACCACUAAUUUCCAAUUACAAUAAAAUCCUAGAAGUAAAAAUCUACUACAUUUUACUGUAAGGUAGACUGUUAAAUGGUAAAGAAUUAAUUCAUAUUUUAGGCACUGAAAUACUGAGGUAUAUUAAGUAUAUAUUGCACUUCACUUGGAUGCCUUUUCAUUUUUAGGCAGCCUCUGGAGCACCAAAAUAGAUCAGAAUUCUAGCACAAAGAUAUUCAUAUUUGUAGUAUUAAAAGGCAUUGCUAAUUAUUUGGAACAAUGUGGCCAAAGUAAUCGACUAUAGGCUCCAAACUGUUGGGGGAUGCUGUUACUCAUUAAUAUUUUUUACUGAAUGGUUGGAAUCACAUAAUAAAUCACUUACUAAUCUUAAGUAACAUUUUUAUAGAACUUUAUAUGUGUUAUUUAGAUAAGUGUGUACUACUCUGUUCGUUGUCUUAAGCAAAAUAGGGCUGUAUAGACUAGUUCCUUAUUUCAUGGUAGAGAUUGAUCCUGUACUUAAGUGGGUUAUUGUUUGUUGGGCUUUAAAACUACAGUUUGAAUGCCAUGGAGGAAUUUAAAUACUGUAUUAAUGAAGGACAUUAUUGUAAUCACAAACUUGUAUCACUCAGGUUUCAUUACUAUGUGAUAAGCCUUUUUUUUUCUUCUAACUUGAAAAUUUUAAAAAUUAUUUCCCAUACAUUUUAUUUGUAAAACAGUAUAAAUCUUGGAGUCUUUUAGCGUGGAGUCAACGGUGAAGAUACAGAUAAUUUUGUAUUGGAGAAGAAAAAAAGUAACUAAAUUGUAAAUUUCAGUGCUUUAUAAGGUGCCUUUAGAGUCAGCUUUUGCAUUAUAGGGGCUUGUUACAGUCCAGCUAAGAUGACCACUCACAGUUUAUACAGAAUUCAUAUGUAUAAAUCAGUAUUCUUGGGAUAUUAUGUAUCCUUUGAAUAAACCCCUGUGAAGAAUUCCUUCCCCUCUAAAAUGGUGCAUAAUAUAAACAUGAGAUGUAUAGUAUGAAGAUAUCAUUUAUUAAAUAGUUUAUAGUGUAUAAAAUUAGAACAUUUCUUUUUUGACAAGGUGAACUGAUUUCUAACUACCAUUUAAUUCUGUCGGAUACGGGCAAAAACAAUUCUUACCUUGAGUAAUCAGAUGCAGAGUUAUCUACAAACAGAGCUGACAUUAGAAAUAAUAUAAAUGGCCAUCCUUUACCAGCCAGAAAUAACUUUUUCUUUAGGAUAAGUGAUUUUUACACCUAGAAAUUUGAGAAUCUAGUGGUAAUGCAGUAUUCCUAGUGAGAAAUUCUUGUAUUAAAAGCAUGGGAGUGAAAUAGUGUGAAAUGGUGAUGAGUGCUUCUAUCAUACUACUGUAGGUACUUGGACUGGUGCAAACUUGAUUUACCUACCCCUAUCUAGGAGCUGUUAAAAUACAACUAUUGAAUAUUCAGUACCAUUUUGUUUUAUGUAAUAAAUAGCCAAAUUCACUUUAUAGCUUUUCAACUUGAAAGAACUCUCCUGUUUUUAUUAAAAUUCACUAGAGUUAAAUGUGGUACAAAACCACUUAGCCUAUGUAUUGGACAAAAAAAAAAUAGUAUCAUGUUAAAACUCCCAUGUUAAGAGACUUGUUAGGCUUUUACAAUUAUUUCAGUUAGCUUUAAGAAAUAUCUUAUGCAAGGAGGCAGAUGAGAUGAAUGUGUUGUAGCAGAUUAAAUUUUUAGUGGUGUUAGACAUGAAUUCAUCCAGUUAACGUUUGAAUGAGGGUGGUGGGUAGAAGGAUAACGAAAUAAUUAUUAGUGUUUCAUUCCUUGAGGAAAAAGAUGUGAAUCCCAGACUUAUUUCAGGGAAGACUGAAGCUAUGAUGGACAUAAGUCUAAAUGUAUGUAUGUUUCUUUAUAUUGCUCUUAAGACUACUGAGGUGGCAGUUUAACUCUUAAAAACAAUAAAAUGGAAGCAUAAAUACUAUUGCCUAGAUGGAUUUUUACCUAUGAUACACUUGGAAAAAUACAGACUUUGCAUGCUUAUAUUGAUACAACUUUUAUGGUAUAAUUAUACUUUUUUAAAAGAGAUUAAAAGUUAACAGUUGAAUGAUA